CUUGCUAAUAUGGAAGACCAAAUAGAUACCUUUAUGCAUGCAGUAGGGGCUAAGCUCAAGAAGAAGCCUGAACAAAUGCAGGGCUUUAUUGAUAAGUUAAAAGAUAACUGGUACGAUACUCUUGACUCCUUGAAGGAAAUUGAUGACGACACUUGGAAUAAUACUUUGAAAUUUCCCAGCAGGCUUGUCAAGGUUAUUCUUGAGGAACUUGAAAAUGAAGGCCAACCUGAUAAAGCAAUGGAAGAUGAUAUGGAGGAAUGCAUUGAUACUUCAACAAAGCAUGAUAAGAAAGAAGUUAGGAAAGUUACUACAACGAAGAAAAAGGAUAUAUUGAAACCUAAAGCCGAAGAAUCAAAAGAAAAAUCUAUUAAUGUCCUUCCAGAGGAAGAGAAUGGACUGUUACAGGGAUAUUUGCAGAGCUUUUACAAGGAGGCAGGGGAUGAUAACACUAAAAUUGUUACAACACUAAAAACACUGACCAAAAUUAUUGACAACUUAAUCAAGAAUCCUUGGGAAGAGAAAUACAGAAGCCUCAAUACCACUAAGGUGGCUAUUCAAGAGAAAAUAUCUUGUUACCAAAAUAUCUGCAACUUUUUAAGUGUCUGUGGUUUUGAAGACCAAGGAGAUUCUCUCACUAUCAAGGGAUAUCAAGGAGAUGUUCUCAACAAAGCUUUUAAUGCUAUUCAUAAUGAGUUGAAAGAGAAUCAAGAGAGAUUCGGAGUCAAAGUUAGGAGUAAUUUUGACGCUUACCAGGAAGGAACUUUCUCAACUACAGGAAAUAAGUUAUCUUCAGGACCAGCAGAAACAUCUCAGUACAAUCCAGAAUAUAUUAACAAACUGAUUGAACAAGAGAAGAAGCUUAAGCAGAAGUUAAUGGAAAGGAAGGUGGAGGACAGAGAUCUUGUGGUGUUUAAUACUUUGGCUGGCACUCAUGAUUUUAAGAAGGUUAUUCAGGAGUAUGAUGAAGAGAAUAAGAAGGAGGAUGAGAUUUAUGAAGAGAAGUUGAGGGAGGCAAGUGCUCUUAAGCUUUUGGGGGAUAAUGCCAAGAGUCAGAAGUUUGGAAAUAAGAGAUUGCAGGAGUAUCAGAAGUUGACUAAGGUUAAGGUUUAUUCCACUACUAUUGUGAGGGUGAAGUUUCCUGAUGGUUUGGUACUUCAAGGGAGAUUUGGAGCGAGAGAGAAGAUCUCAGAUGUUUAUGAUUUUGUAGCUGAGAAUCUUCUAGAUCAGGGUAGAGGGUUUUAUUUGUUUAAGGCCCCUCCAAAGAAGAUUUUAACUGAAAAAUCAAUCUCUUUGAAGAAAGCAGAUUUAGUUCCAAGCGGGAUGGUCUUCUUCCAGUGGGAAGAUGAAGAACUAGCAGAAAGUAGCAAAACAAUUUCACUUGAUGUCGCUAGAUUACAGGACAAAGUUAAGACAUUUUAAUGGUUCAAUAUAUUUCAGAACA